UCCGGCGAGAUGACGUGUUCUUCCUGGUUCUGGUGUGCUGCGACCUUCCCUUGGAACAUACUUGUGAACUUUUGCAUGGACAUGGUAGGCUAAUUCAAUUGACGAAUUAGCAUGUACGUAUCCUACCGUGUCGCUUAUCUGUUCCACGUGCUAUCCUUCCUUUUGUGCCCCAAACUUAUUUCACUUGGCGCAUUUGGUGAAUCCUUGCACUCACACCGUUUGCUGAUUACCAAUUCGGUAGAUGGCACAUUUACUGGGAUAGAUGUCUUUAGUGGUAAAUUGCUGUGGGUGAUCAAAUCUCCCCCGCUCAUUUCACAGAGCCUCGGUGGCCUCCAUUUUCUGACGAAGUCACAUCACUACAAUAUCGUCCCUUCUUUGGAUGGUCAACUCUACAUUUUGCAACAAAACCUCUCUCAGCACCACUGGCGCGAUGCCUCGUUGAAGGCCUUGCCUCUGACCGUGGAUCUGCUGUUUGCUUCUAAAUUCAUGCUAACGGACGACUCCAUUUUAACCGGUGGAAAGGAUAACUCUUUGUUUUCUUUUGAUCCGCUAUCCGGAAAGGUCCUUUACAAUUGUUCGCAGAGCGGUUGCCGUAGUCUGGAUGCAUCUGACUUUCCUGUCGCAGAUAAUGAAAACGUACGGUCGAUGAUUUUAGUAUACCACACUAGCAACAUUGUUCGGGCAGUGCAUAUCCCAACUGGGUCGGAACGAUGGAACUUAAGUAUUCGGACCAACGAUCUUUGUUUAAUCCGCGAUCGGCCCUCCACUUCAACAACACUUAUGCGACAAUCUGAUCCAAUGUGCAGCUCGGCAAAUGGGGGUAAAAAGGAUUCCACUGCUGAAUUCGUUCCACAUGGAACAUCUGAAUCCGAACCACUGGAUAUUGAGUUCAACUUGGAUCAGCUACUGUUGGUUGCUCGGUCCACAUCUCCACCCUAUGAAACGGUAUGGACGUACGAAUUCUCAUCACGCGUAGCCAAAUCGUGGAUCUACGAUGCAUCCACAGAAACGUUGCAACCGGUUCGGUUGUUUUCACGUGAUGCUGAUGCACAUUCCUCGAUGAAAUGGUCAACAGAUGAUUCCAACUUGAUGAAGUCACCGCAGCGAUCUUUUAGGAAGAGAGCUUUGGGCAGCCUCAUGAACAUAUUCCGCAACCGCCCGUCUUUCUUAUCACAGUUUGGCAGUGCUCGUAGUGCCCAGUGCCCAUCGCGUGAUCGGCUGGUCUACUUGGGCCUAUUGGAUGGUCAGCCUUAUAUCCAGCUGGAAGAUGACUUUGAAGGGCAGUCGACAGCGCAUAUGGAAUUUUUCAAUGUGCCCGUGAUUUCUUCCAAGUCUGUAGAUCUUCCCUCUACUUCCGAAAGUGGUCCAGAGUCUAAUCCCUCUAUACGCGAUCUGGUAGGUUACUAUCACGCUUCCUGCGAAUCGGAUUCCACCAGUUCCGUGUGCAAACAACCACUCUUUGCGGACGCGGCGCCAAGUGAACGAGUCGGAUCGCAAACUGGUCUGGUCCCUUGGUCACCCAAUGGUGUUCAUUACAACAAAAUCGCUCCCCUUAUGGAUCCACCAAACUUCCGCCACUCAGAAACACCCAUAAUAUCUCCUGAGCACAACGAAGUUUCUGGUUGGAUGAUCAACACUGCCAACGAAUUGCUCAUGCUUCUUUUCCAUGCCGACGGAUUAACAACUCAAAUGCCUCAUGAAGCGUCUAAGCUUUAUCCACCAUCUCCAUACCACAACUAUCUUCACAUCUUCAAUAUAACUCUUCUUGCCUUUUGGAUUUGGAUUGUUGGUCGUGCGUUUCGGGUACUAAAUCGGCAGAUUGUUCAAAGACCAUCUCAUCCUCCUGUUGUUAUUGAUUCCACUUCCAUUCCGGAGAAUGGAUGUUCGGAUUGUGUAGCAUCUUGUACAAUGUGCUCCACUGCCAACAAUUCGGCAUCCGAAUCCCAACCAGAAGAACGUGUUGUACGCACUCGUCACACAUCCACCUCUUGUGGUACCCAGUCCAUACCGGAAUUCAAUUCAACAUAUGAAAAUGAAUUCAAAUUUGUGCGGUGUCUCGGUCGUGGUGGUUUUGGUCGUGUGUUCGAAGCGGAGAACCGUUUCGACGGUUGCCGUUAUGCCAUCAAGCGUAUUGAAAUCGAUGAAAGGACAAAAAAUGGGAAUAAAUUUUUACGCGAGGUCAAAGCGUUGGCGUCUUUGGACCAUCCGGGCAUUGUUCGCUACCAUCGAGCUUGGUGCGAAUGUCCUCCGGCUGGAUGGCAGCAAUCUCGCGAUCGCAUAAUGUUCGGGGAAUCCGAUGAGGACACUGAGGCCGACACAGGUUGCACUGGGUCUUCUGUGAAGCCGAAUGGGCUGCUUGGCUUCCAAUCAUCCGUGAGUUUGUCGCCGUGGAAGUGCGAAAAACAAACGUCACUUAGGAAUUCCGAGAAUUCGAGUUUUUCUCAUUCUAAUCCGUCCCACCCAAACGGCCAACUGGCGCAAGAUAGCUUCAUUGUUUUUCAAGCUGAUGAAUGUGAUCAGCCGUUGUCAUCUAAGGGCGCAGACACUAGCUGUGUGCACACGACUUCCGAUAAAAUGACAUCAGCACCUCCAUCGGAUUUCCCUCGAGUAUCCUACCUGUACAUACAGAUGCAAUUGUGUUCUCCGGUGAGUCUUCGUGAUUGGCUUGUCAAACACAACUCGCCCGAGUUGCGACCUCCAUUGAUAGAGUUACUACAACUGUUCCGCCAAAUUGUGGAAGCCGUCUCCUAUCUGCACGAUCACGCUCUGAUGCAUAGGGAUUUGAAGCCGUCAAACAUACUGUUUGAUCUGACACAUCGCCUGAAACUUGCUGAUUUUGGCUUAGUCACAUCCAUAUUUGACGAAGAGCUGCGACGGCCUUCAUCCACCACGAACGAAAUGGAUAAUGGUGGUGGGGCUCCGGACGCAGACAAGAUCCGGUACGAAUACUCGACUCUCAAUGGCUUCUGUGAGCCAAAACGGGGCAGCGAUUCAGGGACAGCUGAUAGUUCGGGAGACUGCAAAAUCAAUUAUCGCUAUUCCCGUUACUUGCGAAGACACACUGCUUAUGUCGGAACGGAUCUGUACAUGAGUCCGGAACAGGAACGCGGCGACCCUUAUGAUUACAAAGUGGACAUUUUCUCCCUUGGCUUGAUACUCCUCGAGCUUCUGAUCCCAUUCCAUACCAAUAUGGAGCGCGUGUGCACUCUGACGCGCGCCAAAAUGCAGCAACUUCCCGACCAGCUGGUUGCCCAGCACCCAGACGAAGUAAGAUGGUGUUAUUCUGCCCGAGUAUUCAACCCCGUUUCCCAUGCACUUAACAGAUUUUUGUGGGACUUGUAGGAUACGACUCCGGUUCCCGGUCACCAGUUCGCUAUAUAGAUAUCUCUCCCCUUCGCAUUCGAUACAACAUUUUUGGAGACUGCCGACUCACCGGAUGCUUUUCAUAGUACUGUUGUCCUGACUAGAGAGUGUUAGCUGACUAGCUGCUUUGGUCUAUCGACACCUGCGCGAUGUUGCUCAUUUUGAGCUUUGACCACAACAUCAUAGGUGCAGCUGAUGUCCACAGGUUGGUGUCUGACAACCACAGAUCAUUUCGCACCGCGCUGUACUGUUGUAUCAUAAAUUUUGUUGGUCUUCACUGACUAGACUGACUAACUCGUUCGUCAUGAUGAUCGAUGUUUCCGAGUGGUCCAGUUUGACUGCCGAAUGUCGUCCUGCAUGAUGACACUGAGGUUGGCCAUAUCACACCCCAACCACUUUGGCUGACACGACUCAUUCGUGAAGCCUUUGUUGCUAUUGAAUGCACCACUUUCACUUGUAGCCUUGAAACUCCCUUGCGGAAUUCAAAUGUUUUCAGAUUUCCUGUCUACAUAUAGAUUCUUCCAUCGUUUUCUAUGCUUGAUAUCGUUACGGUCCCAGCCGGAUUUACCUGGUUCAUCACAAUUCAUCUGCUGAUUCACGAUUGGCCACGUAAAUUCAGCCGACGUUCUUUUCGACCGAUUUUACGUCCUUUUUGCCGCGAGGAGCGCAGCAAAAUGUCCGAUGGCCUCGAUCAGGACAACUCAAUACUGUGACGUAAAAAUGUGCGAUCGAUCUAGCCAAGGAUCGAAAAAAAACCUUUUGUUCGAAUAAGUUCAUCCAUGAACGUCUGGAGUUCUUCAUUCUAGCUAUCUCAACGUGUUUCCAAAUUGCGACCAAAUUAACUACCCAUGGCUUCAUCACCACCAAACAGGUUGCUCUAGGUCACUGUUAACUGGUUUUUUGCUUACCGCUUCCCAGCUUCUUGACUGGUAGUUUUGAAUUCUCUUCCACAUGCACUUUCUGCAAAUAGGACAUUGAGUCAUACGUUUGACACGGUCCACGUUUUUUGUGCGAUCUACGUAGCUCCCCAUCAAGCACCAUUCUGACCUCACCGCUGUUUUGAUUGCAAGUGUAUAGCGAUAUCACUAAUCAGCCAUCCUAGCAUGUUCUGCAUUUGUCAUAGUGCAGUGUUUCAAUGCCUUGAUACAUUCACUACUUCAAGUUUUGCACAGUAGGAAAUCAUUUCGGUAUCGCCAGAGAGGAGACCAUGAGCGGUGCAUCCCACACGUACUGUUCCGUUGUCUAUACGAUCUGAACGUGGCAGUCAUUUCUUCGGUGUGACCGAUCAUUCGUUUAAUCGAUGACACUCAAUCUGAACUCUUGUUAGCUUGUUCGGUUGUUGCUUAUUAUUAUGGACUGUCCCUAGCAACUCAUAUGAAACUCGCAUAAAACUGACUUAUCCUCAUUUCUGGACACUCUAUGGCCCUCGUACUCCUCCGCACAUUAAUGUAUUUAUACAUUGGCGCGGUGACCUCAGCCGUGGACGAUCUCCAUUUGCAUUCCUCCUGAUUUACAUACCCGACAAUAAAUUCUCCAACCCCACGCUACCAUGCGUUGUGUCAGAAUGACACUCCACCUAAUUAAUUUCCCGUGUCUCAGAUGCUUACAUUUUAUUUGAUGACUGUCCUGUAAUACAUACACAUACAUGCUAUGGCGGCAUCCAUUUAAAAGCAAAAAGGCAAAGAUGUGAUGGUGAGUAGAAACUAUGUAGUACUGGUAUACCGGCGAUCUGUCGAACGCCACGCAGCAUUUCGCGGAGUACCUAACAAAUGUAACCUAGCCUGAAGGGAAGUGUGCAGAUCAUCGGAAACCGAUUGGUCAUCCGAGCCGCGGGUUAUCUACGUGCGUCCACCUCGAACUCUGGGAGAACAGCCAGUCAACUGACCACAGAUCCACUGAGUGUGCUAGUGACCAUUCAGGCGCCAGGAGGACCCAAAUGCACAGGCCCAAUUUACUGGCAAAAGAGCGCGAACUCGUGAGAAGUGAACAAUCGGAUUGGCUUACCAGCCCACGAAUAUACUGUAUGCAUUUGUAUCAAGAUUUGCUAUGGACCAGAGGAAAAUUCGUGUGACUAAAUGGACAAGUGACUAACCGAGCCAGUCGUGCAGUGCACCCAGAAAGUCAACAACGCGGUUCAAGGUACUCUUAGACAUAGUGACCGUGCCGAACAAGCGUUCUCAACUCUGAGGAUACAAGUUCUCCAAACGGAUUACUGUACUGGUUGCUCUUUGUCAGUGUCAUACUGCUAGUUAUUGUCAUUUCUACUCUCACUGUGCUUAACCCAAUACUUUACGAUAUGGCGUGCAGCUUGCAUAGGGAGUGUGUUCCGUCACUUCUUAAUCGGAUAUGACAACAGCUGUUCCUUAACUUCCAAGGCUUUUUCAUUACUGUCAACUGUACCAAUUUGUGGCACUGCGUAUCCGGGAACGGCCUGAAGUUCCUCUACCGCUACUUCACAGGACAGAUGAGGUUCGCCAUGGUUGUCUUUUAUCUCCUUUCCCCUCCACGUUUGUGAUGGAAAUGAUCACACAUAUUUCUCUCCUCUCAGACUCCACCGUAGUACAUUCUCGAGCAACUCUUGCAUGUGCUGACGGCAUAAUUCCCCUAGGGGCCGAUUCUGGCGCUCCGCAAACACUACUGAGUACUUUGACGUGUAGUUCGCACGAUCCGUUAACGUAAACGUUGAUCUAUUGCAUGUCGCCAGAAACCUAGGCCUAAAGUAGCAAUUUUCCAUUGUAGUGUUGAGCACCAAAAAUUGAUGAGCAACAUGCAAUUUUAUUUCGGUAACAUGACAUUACAUAACAUGUUGAAUACAGGCUCACAGUUGCUGGGUAGAAGAUCCACAGGCAUUUUUCAACAGACUAGCUUUAAGACCAGCAUACUAGUGUUUUUUUCGUCUUGUUCUUGACCGGGCGGUCGGAUUCAUCAAGUUUAACGCCUCAUCCGAACUGAUGCGACCGCGUUCCACUUGCGUUUUUGGAGUCGAAAAUUCACGUGACUCGCGACUUCUACUCGGAUUUCCUUUUUUAUUUUCCUUAAACCUCCGUUUGUUUUUUUUGCCUACUCUAAGACUACUUAGUGAGCUCUGUACUAGCGCAUACCCCGUGAUUGACCGCUAGGCUGGUUGGAUCGCGGAGGCACUAGACGCACUAGGGAUCAUUUGUGAACGAUUUACCUUACUCGUCCCACGUGCCCUGGACAGCUGAUUGAGUGAAUGUCACAUGUGUACUUGUUAUGGCAAUCGGUGGUUGUAUCUGGACUCGAUUUAUUACUCACUGGUACGCUUUAUGAUAGGAGAUUUUGAACCGCUUGUGUUAUCCUAAAUGACAUUGAGCUUAUUUGCGAGCAUGUGGCGGGCUCAUACCACUUGGUCCAUCAUGUGCACGCCCUCGUGUUAUUUCCCGAAAUUCUCAGCGGAGGCUUGUACAGCACAUGUUCGCCAUUUAUUCUGUCUGGUCGCACAGCCGCUUCCUGCAUCCAGCCGUUGACUCGUGCCACUCCUAUUGCUUGACAUCCUCGUUUAGUGUUUUAUUCAGGUAAAUCAGAGAGGUUUCUUUUUCUUUGCGCUGAUAUCGACCCUACACUUUUAUGCGCUGCCUUCGUAUCUAUCGACUUAGAACCACCUUCUUCUGACCAUCGUAUAUUCUGAUAUCUUUGUUCUCUGCUAUCUUCCUUCUAGGCUGCCUUCACCCGUCUGUUGAUUGAUCCCGUACCUUCUAACCGACCAUCAGCUCGACGAAUUCUCUCCUCAAGUCUGAUGUCUCAAACCACCAUCGGUGUUGUCUGAGUUUGUCAAUGCAGCGCAAUUUUGGAAUGGAUGCCUGUUACCCCACAAUUGAAUCCCAUUCUCACUCUUCUUUACUUAUGGACCUGGUGUUUUCUACUCCUUCAGGAUUUCGAAAAUCUAGAUGUGUACAUA